GGUUUGGAUACCCUAUUGAUGCCCCCCAAAGCACCCACCAUCCCCCUCCUCGUUCUCCUUUAUUCCUCAAUUUCAUCCUUUGGUUCUACCCCUUCUUCCUUAUCCUUCUUUACAAACCUCUCUCCGUCACAGUCCUCAGAGAACUCUGCGCUUGUAUCUGUGUAUCCUCUUAGUCCCGAGGGUGCUGUGUGUACCCUAAACCAGGAUUUUUUCCUGUAAGCAAACCACCAUGCAAAGGCGGAAUCUGCUCUUCAUCCUUUCCCACCUCUUCCUCCUCCUGUCUUUUUCCGAGGCAAAAAAGAAGUCCAAGCCGGCAUCAGAUGCGGUGACCGGGUCAGAUAGCGCAGCAGUUAAAGCCUUACUGGGGUCGGGUCAGCUGAGCACUAAAGAUGGGCAUCGCUGUACCUGGGAGACGCUGGAAAGAGGCACAAACGUCGUUCUACAGGUGAGCUGCUCCGUCCCCGGGGAGGAGGGGCUUAAGUCUCCGUACACGUGCGAGUUUGCCGGGAAACCUCAGGAGUGUUCGGUGUACAACACCCAGUCUUCGCAGUACUGGAAACAGGUGGUGAGCAAACUUAAGAAACGGAAUAACGCUUGUGAGGGGGAGAAGGUUUUGAAAACUCGUCUAUGUAAGAAAGCGCCAAGUGCGUCCCACAUGAAGCUGACGGAAAGAAGCGGAGAGCAAACUACCACUCCCAUGAGCGAGGGGGUGAAAGGCGAGAGCAAACGGAAAACAGAGGUUCCUGCAAGGAGAAGCAAAGACGCAAAGAAAGAAAAGGAACGGGAGGUGAAAAAAGAGGAGGACAAAGGGUUUGGAGACGUUGCCGAUGAUGGAUACCAAGACACGGAGCCUUACAUGAGCUACUGUGGAGAGGGAUGGAGUUCCGUCUGCAACUUCUUUGUCAAGUUUUUUGAUGGUUAAAGUCCUCACAAUUGAAGAUUUUUUUGGCUUUUAGUAUGCGUAUGUUAGCCUUAAGGAUAUCUAUAAACUAAAACAUGCUCCAAACAUUCACAAAAUAUAUGUUUUACAAGAUAAAAGCAUUCAAAACAUACAGUCUCUCACUUACACCAAUAGACCUUUUGCGAGUCGACGUCACAGUUACGUCACGCGCGCAAUGUGGUGGCAGAAAAACAAUGGAAAUGAAUUAGACACGAGUGAAACAAACAAUAUAACUCACUAGAAAAUGUAUUGUGCUGUUGAGUUUCAGAAUAGGAAUGCCAAAAUAGAUGACCUUUAUUUUUAUAGAAUACCGUUGUCGAAGACACCAUUUGAAGAUAAACGUAGGUGUUUAUGGUUGCAAUAAGCCCUCAACCGGACAGACUGGAGUGAUGAAAUCAUCUGAAAAUCUUUUAAUAAUUAGAAUAGAAAAUAAUUAGAGAAGAUAUCCGGUGUUCUGUCGAAGUCUGUUCCCUCUAUGUGUCUCUUAUAGCGUUUUCAUCACGUUACGUUUAUAAUUUAUUUAGAAAGAUUAAAGAUUCUAAUAAGUUCAUAAUAUCAAUAAUAUUACCAUUUAUUUAAGUUUUCAUAUUUUUUUCGUUUUCUAUUAAUUCUUUUUACCUUAUAUCUUAGCCUAUGUCUUCUUCCUGUUUGUUCUAAAUUAUGAUGUUUACUAAUAAAUAUAUAAACAUACACGAUGUAAAGUGUUAAUAAUAUAUAAACAGGCCUAUACACAUUCAUUUGUAUGUAAACAAUAGUAUUAGAACAAAUACGAAGGCUGUAAAUAUAAGGAGGAAAUUGAAAACAGGAAAAUUAUGAAAUAUUUAAUAAAUUUUAUUAUACAGAAUACAUGAUAGUAUUGCUCUUAUAAGUACUUCAGCGAUUCAUACUGUAAAAAUAAUUGAUUUACCCAUAAAGAACAAUACAUAUACAUUACAUACAUGCACACAUACAGUAGCCAAGCCAUUUAAACUUUUAAUUUAUUUAAAAAUUAAAUGUAACUUGGUGAAAACAUUAUAAGAAACAUUACACUUAAGAGAAAUAUAGGGGAAACAGACUUCUACAGAACACCGGAUCCAUAAAAAUCACAGUUUAACGCUAAAACACUUCACACCGCUAUUGCAGAGCUGUCACUUUCUGCCACCAGUUGGGCUCCGCCCACAAAAAACGUCAUCUCUGUUUGGAAACACGCAAAAGGUCUAUACGAAUCAACAAUUUUUACAGCAUGACAUCAUUUUAUCAGACUGUGAGGUAAACGAAAGGCUAUUGGAUAUUUUGAAAGAGGAAGGAGCCACUCAAAAUGCCCCGCCCUAAGUUACUGUUUCAAUGGAAACUGCGCCAACGCACCGAACAAAGUUGCGCAUCUGAAGGAUUUAGUCUUUUAACAAAAGUAUAUAGGCUAGUUUCUACCAGGGAGGUUUUGAACAGACCUGGAGGUGGAUAAAAGCAAAUAAUGUUGAUGCAUGGUUUCAAAAAUGUCAUGCAUCUUCAAAUUAAGCUUAGCUGUUCAGCCUGUCAACACAAUGCAAAGCAGUCCAGUUGUAAAGAUAAAGACAAAUAGUUUCUUUUGUAAUAUCUAAAAAGAACACUAAUCACAUUGAUUAUUAUCUUAUGAUCUGCUACUUAUCUGUAUAUUGUCACUGAUAAAGUGUGAUUUAUGUUUUUGAAAAUGUGAAUAAUCCUUUACCCAACUUUUGUAUUUUACAAAUCACCUUUAAAUUCUUUCUCAUUAUCAAAAUGUUAUAUGAUUUUCUCAGAAACAUGCUCAAAUCAAUAAAGGAAAACACACCAACCAUAA